GCGCUGCAAUCCUUUUUGAUCGUAGUAUUCCCACUAAAAUAAGUGCUCGGUUUAGUGAUCGGCAACUCCAGCGUACGCUGGUUUGAACAGCCUGGAGUUCGAUUCGGAAAAUGUCUCCACUAGUUCCUUCCUUUCGACCUUUGCUCGGUCGUUUGUUGUUGCCUCGUGGGGUAGCUCGUUUCAGUUCAAGCGGUAAAACUGAUUGAAUUUCAUCCCGAUCUUCCCUAGUGCACACUUACGAGCACAUUUUGGUGGACAAGAAAGGAGCUGGAGCCUCUGUUGGUUUUAUUCAACUAAACCGACCAAAGGCACUGAACGCUCUCUGCGAUGGACUGAUUCGUGAACUUUCCGAGGCCUUGGAUAAAUUCGAAUGUGAUAAUCAGGUCAAGACCGUUGUACUUACUGGUAGUAAUAAGGCCUUUGCUGGUAGUUUUGUUGUGCUAAGUGAUAUCUCGCUCUCUACUCAUCCGACAGCCGGGGCAGAUAUCAAAGAGAUGUGUGGCCUGACCUACCCCCACGUUUACGGCAAUGAUCUCCUGGUCGAUUGGGAUCGCGUCGCUCUGACCCGGAAGCCUAUCAUUGCCGCUGUGUGUGGUUACGCUCUGGGUGGUGGUUGUGAAUUGGCUAUGAUGUGUGACAUCAUCUACGCAAGUGACACAGCUAAAUUCGGGCAACCGGAGAUCAAACUGGGCACAAUCCCUGGAGCUGGUGGAACACAACGGCUUGUGCGUGCGGUUGGUAAAUCUCGGGCAAUGGAACUCAUUCUCAGCGGCGACAUGAUCGAUGCCAAGGAAGCUGUCGCUUCCGGUCUCGUCAGUCGAGUCUUCCCCACAGACGAGGUGGUCCCGAAGGCAAUCGAACUCGCUGAGAAAAUCGGUCGAUACUCUGGUCUGGCUACCAAAGCUGCCAAGGAGGCCAUAAAUGCUGCCUACAACAUGACGCUCUCGGAAGGUCUUCGGUUCGAGAAGCGUCUAUUCCAUGCCUCCUUCUCUACGAAUGACUGUAAAGAGGGAAUGACCGCGUUCACUGAAAAACGUGAAGCGAAGUUCACUGACACCUAGAUGCGGAGUUGCCCUACCCGCUGUCGCCCCACAACCUCCGCACAGUCAGGUUGUGACGAUAUUUGAUCUGACAUGCUUUCCUCCCCUCAUUAUUUUAUUUUCGUGAUUUUUACACAUUUUCUACUUCACUCACGGUUAGCGCUGUUAAUAUGAGGAACUUUCCUAACAAUCUGUCCUCUUCAUAACACGGUUUAUAGCUGAAUAUGGCCUUG